AUUUUUUGCCCUUACCAUCAUUACGAUAUCGAUUGCUUAAAAAUAAUUGCUAUCAAACCGGCGUUCUGCUAAGCAGCCAAGUCAACACGUCACACUAUAAUAUUUUGUUAUCGCGUUUGUGUUUUUGCAUUCGGCAUGAAAGAAAUUCAACGUUGUUAUGGCUAAUUAGUUAAUUUGUUGUUUUUUUUCUGCUGAAGAUUACUAUAUUCAUUGUCAUCUCCAGAUUUUUGUAUUGUUAAAUAUUGAUUUUCCUGAAAUUAAUUUACGUUAACAAUGGAAUAUAACCUAAAAUUGAUACCUCUGCUGUUAGCUUUCUUUUCUAUAAUUAAUAAUGUUUAUUGCGGUGGACAGACAUUGGUUCUUUUAGAUAAUUUAGCUAUUCGUGAAACACAUUCUAUUUUCUUUAAGGGUUUACAAGAUAGAGGAUUUCAAUUGACUUUUAAAACUGCUGAUGACCCUGGUCUAACCUUGAUGAAAUAUGGAGAAUAUUUAUUUCAGCAUUUGAUAAUUUUUUCUCCCUCUGUUGAAGAAUUUGGAGGAAACUUGAAUGUGCAAGCUAUUACAGAUUUUAUCGAUGCUGGUGGAAAUGUGUUAAUUGGAGCUAGUUCAAAUGUUGGAGAUUUAAUCAGGGAGCUUGCAAAUGAAUGUGGAUUUGAAAUUGAUGAAGAAAAUUCAGCUGUUAUUGAUCACUUGAAUUAUGAUAUUGAAGAUGAUGGAAAACAUACCCUUAUAGUAGCUGACCCCAAGAAUUUAAUUGAUGCUCCAACAGUCAUUGGUUCUAAAAACAUUCCUCCUAUUCUUUUCAAAGGAGUUGGUAUCAUAUCAGAUCAAGAAAAUUCACUUAUUUUAGAGGUUUUGUCUGCUUCCUCUACAGCUUAUUGCUACAUUCCAGAUAAUAAAAUUACUGAGUAUCCUCAUGCUGUUGGCAAAAACACAUUAUUUAUAUCUGCUCUACAAGCCCGCAACAAUGCAAGAGUUAUGUUCUCUGGUUCACUUGACUUUUUCAGUGACCAUUUCUUCCAGUCAAGUGUACAGAAAGUUCAUGGAGGUCAAAAGUAUGAUAAAUCUGGCAAUGAAAUUCUCUCUAAAUCUUUGACACAGUGGGUUUUUAAGGAAACUGGAGUGCUCAGAGCUGGUAAUAUAACUCAUCAUAAAAAAGGAGAAACAACAGCACCAGAAGCUUACACAAUUUUGGAUGAAGUAGUAUAUUCAAUUGAGGUAGAGAUACUAAAAGAUGGUGUUUGGAUGCCAUUUGAAACAUCAGAUUUGCAGUUGGAGUUUGUACGAAUCGAUCCAUUUGUACGAACAUCUUUGAAAAGGAAAGGUAAGAAAUAUGUUGCAGAAUUCAAACUGCCUGAUGUAUAUGGAGUAUACAAAUUUAAGGUAGACUACAAUCGAAUGGGUUACACUCACCUGUUUGAAACUACUCAGGUGUCUGUUCGACCCCUUCAGCACACACAAUAUGAACGUUUCAUUCCCUCAGCCUAUCCAUAUUAUAUAAGUUCAUUUUCAAUGAUGAUUGGUGUCUUCAUAUUCAGUUUUGUAUUUCUAUACCACAAAGACUACACUAAGGACAAGGCGGAAUAAUACUUAGCUCAUGGAUUUCUUUUUUUGUGAACAAGAACUUUGUACAUACACUUCAUCUCACGAAUAAAUAUUCUUGAAGUUCUUUAUUUUUAA